AUGCCCGUGACAGCAAGAAGACCCAGAGGUCGUGGCACGCAGGGCCCCGCGCAGCAGAACCCGCUGCUGAUCGCUACUGCUGCGGAUGAAUGCAGGAUGCCCGGCUCAACUGGGUCGGUCAGUCUCCAUGUCGCCCCCCUGCCUUUCUCUCUUACUCUCCCUCCAUCGCUCCAUCUCUCCGGCAAUACUACUCUGCUCUGCGAUACAGAGCAGGUACAUUAG